AUGAAAGUCUUCACCCGCCGACGCAUAAGAAAACAUGGGUACUGCCUUAUGGCUCGCCCCCGGUCUCGCUCUCGCGGCGACCGCCGUCCCGUCCCAGUAGCCCACCAGCCCUUCCCGGCGGCCGCCACUCCGGCGCCUCUGGCCACCCACCCUUGCUCGCCCCGGUGCCCUCCCCAUGGCCUUGCUGCGCCUGUCCUGCUGUGGGCCUUCCCACCUUCCCCGUCCAAGGCGCCGGACCUAGAUCUGGAUCGGGCGCUUGCCACCCCUCCGCCUCCGCCGCCGGGCAGGCCGGCCUGGGAUCCGCGGGAGGUGUCGGUCGUUCCGGAAACGCCUCCUGAGCUGCUACUCGCCGCGUCUCGCCCUGCCGUUACUGCCCACGCGUCCGCCUUCAAUGCCGCGUCUGGUGGGCAGGGGACGCACUUUAUCUCAGGCAGCUGGGCGGAUCGGGUCCGCGGCGGGGGCGGGCAUGCCCACGACGCGCAUUCACCGCGCAUGGUGGCCGCGGGGCUCGAGACGAAGGGCGCAGGCGGAUGGGUGACCGUCGCGUCCCGUCGGCCGCGCCGCCCGGAGUUCCCUGCUGCGCCAACCCGUCCCUGACUGGAUUAAAGGCUUGUGCUUUCGCUGCCUCUUACCUCGCCAUCGACAAGCGGGCUGCCGCAACCAAAUUACUUGUCGCCGCUGCUUCCAGCCUGGUCACCGCGCGAGGAGCUGCUCCAACAAACCUGCCCCGCACCUCCGGCCAGGCAACUCGGGUGCGCGACCCUGCCGCCCCCGUCCUGCACCUACGGCACCCGCGGCGCCGGCCCGCACUCCUUCGUCCUCGCCUUCGCCCCUCGCGUCCCAGCCCCUUCGCCAAGUUCCGCCCCGCCCCAUGGCAUGGACUGGCGACCACUCGCAGCGGCCGGCUGAGGUCUUCACUGUGAUUCAUGCGACGCCGGCCAUGCAUCAGGAGGCUGUGCUCCUCGGCUCCAACGCCGUCGUUGCAUGGCUCGACCGCGACAUCAGGGCCAGUCCGCAAGACAUCGCCGCCGCCAUCGUCCAGGAGAUGGGCAUGCUAGCGGAGGACGUCUCCGUCGUCAGACACUUCCCCGAGGCCUACCUGGUGCGGUUCUCCCACCAGCAUCACUGUGCGGACGCGGCCGGGCGCCGUGACCUGAAGUUCCGCGACACUAGGCUGCAGAUGCGCUCUUGGCGCCUCGAGGCGCACUCGAAGAACGUGGACCUCGUCCACCACGUCCGGCUCUGUUUGGACGGACUCCCGCUGCAGGCGUGGGAUGAGUUCGCCGUAGCGCAGGCCAUCGGCCCCGAAUGCUCCAUCGACUAAAUUGAAGCUGCGUCCAAGCUCAAGACUGACACCGAGGUGCUUGGGGUGUGGGCGUGGACGGUGUCACCGGCAAACGUCCCGCGAGUAAACUGGGUGACUCUGCCAGCGCGCGCUGGUGGUCAGCCGGCCUUUCGUCGACGCGGACUGGAGCGGCGGGUAAUCAUCCAUCUCUCCAUCCAUGAAGACCCCACGCAAGGCCCAAGGAUUGUAUCCAAGGGGUACACUUUCCAGAAGGGUGUCGUUGACGGCGAGAGGCAGGCCCGCGAUCCACACGAGCGUAUCUCUCGCCCCGUUGACAACAACAGGCGCGACAGAGACGACGACCCAGGGCGUGGACGGGAUGACAGGGACCGCCGCGGAAGAGACAACUCGCGGCACCGGGAGGGCUGGGGAGACCGCUUCCGACGCAGUCUCUCCCGUCAGCCGAGGGAUGCAUCACGCGACCAGGGACGCGCUGAUGGGCGCGGUGGCCGCAGGGACGCUGGCGGCCGUGAUGGUCGUCGCCGCUCGGCCGAGCCGGCUGGGCUGGCCACGGCGACAACGGUUCUUCUCGGCUCCGGCUCUGCAAGCGGGGAGGAGGCCCGUGUCCUUGAGUCGCUGCCGGUGCAGGCCCCGCCGUUGGCUUCUAGGCGUGGCCGCAGCCCGGCGUGCCACCCCUCGCCUCGCUCUGCUCGCCGGCGCUCUCAGGAAAGCCUCACGCCGCCAGUUUCGCCUCCUCUGUCUCCCACAACUGUGCUACCUCCAUCGCCACGUUCCAACAGAGGCGAGGCCCGGCCUUCUCCGACCUCGCUGGCUGCCCCAAGCCAGGAGCUGCUCCACCUCUGCUCACCACUCAGGCUCCAAGCGCCUCUGACCUCGCCGGCCAAGCCGCCGGGUUUUGAAGCCUCACCAACGCCACCUUUGGUCUCCAGCGGGCCUCUACGACGCACGCCAUCGCCGCGACGGCUGUGUGGGCCUGCUACUGCAGGUGCCGUGGGCUUACAAUGCCUCGCACCGCUCUUCGAGGAUCGCCAGGAUGCAAUCUUGCCAUCACCUACUUCAACUCCACCUAAGGCACCGGCUGCUCGUCGGAAAACCCUGGCUGGGGUCACCAUUUCCAAGUCUGGUGGCUUAUUCUCGAUCCACAAGACACGCACUUCAGGGUGUGCCAAGGCGGCGCCGGCUGCCAAGGCGGCAGAGCUGCUCCUGUGCCGCAGCUUGGGUAUUGUCAAAGAUGGUGAAGAUGUCACUGCAGCUGCACUCGAUGCCUUCGUGGACCGCUUCAAGGAGCAGUUGCCACCUGAUGUGAUUGCUGCUAUGCGCGGAUUGUUCAAGCUUGAUGAUGGAGAUGCAACAGAUGUCGAGGAGGCACUCAUUGCGCAUGGAGGAGGAGGCGCCCUCAACCUGGAGAGGACUGAUGAGGGCGCCGCUGUCCAGCAGGCGUCCUUUUGAGCUGAUGCUCCAUGUUUUGGGUUCCCAGGUUUCCCAAUGAUAGUACAACCUUUUCAAACUUCAGGGGGCUGGUCUCUGCUCAAGAGCGAUGAGCUGAAUGCUACGUGGUUGAUGUGUGUUGGCCUGCGGCCAUGUAUCAGGUGUGAUGUUAGUGUUGUUGCUGAUGGAAGACUAGACUCUGUUAGGAAGUGCACUGUCUCCUGUGAGAAUGCCACUUUGUGUGUUUGGUUAGGUCUAUGUGUGCUUUGUACGUGUGCCCAGUAUCGUACAAUUCUGGGUAAAGUGACUGUUGCUUCGUUUGCCUAUGUUAGAAGAUUGUGCUCCAGGGUGCUUCUUGUUA